UGCUGUACAUACAUAACAAGAUAACAAGCAUUUGUGAGGGAAAAGGUUGACACAAUUUGACGCGCGAGAUAUGGAGACUGAUUACGAUGAGGAUCGAGGAGGAUGGGGAGACGACAUGGGCAGAGGUGGCCCAGAUGACUUUGGAGGUGACGAUGGAACGGACAACCCUCAAGAUGUUCUUAAAGAAUGUUUGGAUAAAUUUAAAACACCAGACUACAUCAUGGAGCCUGGAAUAUUUACUCAAUUGAAACGAUAUUUUCAAGCAGGUGGUAAUCCCGAACAAGUUAUUGAAUUAUUGUCUCAAAAUUAUACGGCAUGUGCUCAGAUGGCAAAUCUUCUGGCCGAAUGGUUGAUUCUUGCCGGUGUAAAAGUAACGGAUGUUCAAGCUAUGGUAGAAAAUAAUCUCAAAGACAUGAUUCUUAAAACGUUUGAUCCAAAAAAGGCUGACAAAAUUUUCACUGAGGAGGGUGAAACUCCAGCAUGGUUAACAGAAAUGAUACAACAUCCUACUUGGCGUUCACUAAUUUAUAGACUUGCCGAAGAAUAUCCAGACUGCUUGAUGUUAAAUUUUACGAUAAAACUUAUAUCCGAUGCUGGAUUCCAAGGAGAAAUAACAAGCAUUUCAACGGCUGCACAGCAAAUAGAAGUAUUCUCGAGAGUAUUAAAAACUGCCAUUGCAGGGUUCCUUCAAAAUACCGAGGACUGGCAAUCUAGCAUACAGGAAUGUGCUAAAAUGGUUUGUCAUGGGCAACAUACAUAUGUGUAUAGUCAAGUAUUGUUACAAAUUUUAGCACAAGAACCUCGGGGCGGUUUUACAAUGAAACGACUUUCACAAGAGAUUACGAAGUGCGCUCAACAAAACCGUCAUGACGUGACUCCCAUAACAAUGGCAUUAAAUGGGGCAGCUGGUAGUCCAAGCGCUUGUCAAGCCUUAGGUUCGAUGUUAUCACGAAACACUUUAAAUCCGGCGGAUAUAACAGUAUUGUUCAGGAAUUACUCCAAUCCAGAACCUCCUCCAGUUGAAUUGAUUCGGAAUCCUCAAUUCUUAGAAUUAUUGGUUGAUGCUCUAUUCAAGCCAGGAGUAAAGGUAAACCCAGAGCAUAAAUCAAAGUAUAUUAACUUACUGGCAUAUGCAGCUAGUGUGUGCGAAACACCAGCCAAAAAGGGAACACAACGGAAGAUCAAUAAAGAUGAAUUAAAAACAACGAUGCAAGCCAUCGAGAAAGUUCAUAACAUAUGCAAUAUCAAUAAGGGUUCAACCGAACUGAUUGCCGAGUUGAAUACGCUGUAUCAGUGCAUUAGAUUUCCCGUGGUAAGCGUAGGUGUGAUCAGAUGGGUUGCAUGUACUGUCACAGAACCAUCGUAUUUUAAAUUGAGUACGGAACACUGUCCUAUACAUUUGGCUCUUCUGGACGAGGUUGUAGCCUGUCAUCCUCUCUUACAUCCAAAAGUUCUUCAACUCUUGGUUCAGUUAUUCGAGAGCAAGCAGGAUGAACUCGAAAUACUUGUUCAGUUGGAGAUGAAAAAGAUGCUGAUAGACCGAAUGGUUAAUUUAUUAAGUCGAGGAUGUGUCGUCCCUGUCGUAUGCUAUAUUAAGCAGUGCUGGCAGCGCAGCGACACUGACGUUUCUCUUAUUAGAUACUUUGUCACCGAGGUUCUAGAGGCUAUUGCACCGCCAUACACUCCGGAAUUUAUCCAACUAUUUCUACCUAUGGUGGAAGAUGAUGAAAUAACAGGCACGAUGCGCGGCGAUGGUGAUAACGAUCUUGUUUCUGAGUUCAUAGUUCACUGCAAAGCACACAGCGGCACGGCUGUGAGAUGACGUUUAAAGAACAGAGACGGCUGUGCUCAUGGAGAACCGAGAGAAUAAAUUUACUGGUUGUGUGAAGAUGUGUUUAUUUUACAUAACAACUGGUAUUAUCAUACAUGAAUUACUCUUAAUCGACCCGCAUUCAUCAGGUGAAUUGCCCUAUGGUGCCACAAUGUUGUAGUUUAUUGCUCUGAAACAAAGUUAUUAAUUUUUAAAAGAAAUUAGUUAAUUCAACCUUUUUUUUUUCAAUAUUUUUUUAUAUUUAUUAGUUUAUCAUACUAUUGAUUAGUACUAUUAUAACUGUAGAUUUUCAUCUAUUUAACUGACAGAACCAGGCUACUUUGGCUAUUCGAUCAUGACAGGGACUUUCUACUCCUUGUUAACUAUUAUGCACAUAAUCCGAUACACGCAAGGGCGAUGUAAUAGGGUAAUAAGACAAAUGGUGAAGACUAUGAAUCCAAUAGUCAAGAUGUAGCCUGGUCAGAUGACUAUAUACAGCUGCAAAAGAACUGGAAGUUGGGUGAGGAUUUUACCACUGUAAAAUAAAAUAAACAUGUUAAAAUUUUACUGAAGUUUAAAUAAAUCAGCAAUCAAAUUUUUCAAAAA